GUUUCACCCCAGGACGUGAAAAAAAAACACCACCGCAAGUCUCAACGUGAUUGGCUGAGGGAGCGGACUUGGUUCCUCGUCAUGGCGAUAGCACCUCUCAGGAGGUUAGAACAACGUGCCAGGGCAGGGGAGUGUUCCGUGCCUUUGAUAGCCGCUCAACUUAAGAACGCGAUGGAACAGGAAACAUUUCAUUGCCGCCGCUUUCAUCACCUGACAUGUGAAGAUGACACAUAGGUUCAACUCAGGUUGACCUAUUCACAAACGGACAUCCUUUGAUUCUGUAAAAAAAAAAGGCACACACGCUCACACUGUGAUCAAGAGGAGGAAGAGGAACAAAACGUGACCUGACCUCACCUUGAAGAAACGAAACAAGACGUAACUGUGACCUCGCCUUGUUUUGAACGGCCUGAUUCUAAUGGUUAUACUGUAGAGGGAUGAGAGCAGAUUGUGAAUACCUGCUCUUGCAUGUAAGCUAGGCAUCAGACUGGUGGCAAGAUGAGACUCGCCUGACUGGCGUUCCCCGAUCUGCGACUGAACACUCCUGUUGUUCUAUUCUAGCCUCUUCUUCUCUCUUCUCCUCUGACGAAAAAGCCAUGGACCCGGAGCCACCGCCGAUGCCGGCGAUCGAAGUGGAGGACGUGGACGGGCCGAACUGCCUGGACGACUUGGACAACUCCUCCUCGGACGACCACCUGCGGACGCUGAAGGCCCUGACGCAGAAGCUGAGGCUGGAGACGCGUCGGCCGUCUUACCAGGAGUGGAGGGACCAGGUGGAGGCCCACCAGAGCGCCAACAGAGGGGUCGCCGGGGUCGCGGACGGGGGGGCAAAGACACGCCCGGGGCAGAGCACCACCAGUAGCAGCAGCAGUGGGGUUUCCUCAGAGGACGGCCAGGGGGGAAGUGCUGCUCCGAGUGAGCACAUCUCAGGAGACGCCGUCCCAGCCUCGGGGAACCUGAAGGGCUUUGGGAAUAUUGACGAGGCGCUUGAUUGGUUGCGGAAGGAACUGAAGGACAUGCGUGUGCAGGACCAGCAGCUGGCGCGGCAGCUCAUGCGUCUCCGCGGCGACAUCAACAAGCUGAAGAUCGAGCAGACGUGCCACCUGCACCGCCGCAUGCUCAACGACGCCACCUACGGGCUGGAGGAGCGCGACGAGCUGUCCGACCUGCUGUGCGACAGCCCCGUCACGCCGGGCUUCGGCCUCUCCGCACCGCUGCGCCUCAUCGGCGUCACCAAGAUGAACAUCAACUCGCGCCGCUUUUCGCUCUGCUAGCAGCAGGCUAACGCGCAGGGGACGGGGAUGGGGACGGGGACGGGGGGUCACCGGCCUACUUCAGAGGGCUCCUCAACACCACAAAAACAACAACAACAACAACAACAAUAACAACAAAACUGCAUUUAUAAAGCAGCCAAAAUGGUUAACAGUGAGGGUCGAAACUCACUAACCACCACCAUUGUGUAGCACCAAUCUCAACACAACACUCUUCACACACAAUCUUCUAUCACUGACAAUUCCUCCAUCUGUUCCGGGUCCAAGCACACCUUGUUUGAAGACUUUGUAGUCUACAAUCUUCUGUCGAUACCUGGCGCAAGAACAUUUGGUUUGAAGAGUGUUCACAUUCUUAUGUCUAUAACAGGUUGAGGUGUUUUCAACUGGCAUAUCUUGCCAUUCUUCCCUUCUCUGCUUAGCUUAUUGUUCUCAUCAGUGGCAAUCCAAGUUAGCUAAACACAUGAUUUAGCUCAUGGACCAUUUUUAUUGCACUGCUUUCAACCAAGGGUGCUUGUAGAAAGCGUAGCUGGAGUUGGUAUGGUUGGAUUGAAAAGGUGAAUUGGACAGAGACAGGACAGCAUUCACACACAGAAAAGCCUCAGAUCUCCUCCUUAUUUGCAUUCAAGACAAUAAGAAUUGAAUCGGAAUUGCACGUGCCUCUUCAAAUCCUCCUGCUUCAGAUCUGCAGGCGAGAAGUCCAUUCUGCUGUACACGUAGGUCAUUUAGACCCUCCUCUGGGUAUACUGUGCCUCCCCACUCCCAAAGUAGAAGCUGACGGUAGGAGACCGACCAGGACCUGAUCAGCGAGCGAUCCACUGGAUCACUGUGAUCAAGGAUCCAAUCGAUCAAAUGGACGCUGAAAUGGACUGAGCCGGGCACUGUGUUCCUUGCCCUCUUUGCAGAGUGCUAUACUGGCACACUCACACACAGUACUGUAGAUAGGCACCCUCCCACUUCCCGCUCUUUCUCUCUGUUUCUCUCUCUCUCUCUCUCUCUCUGUGUCUAGAUAGUACAAACUUGUGGGUAGGGGCUCUUCAUGGAUGAUUGCUUCAUUAGCAGUGGCCCCUUGUGUAAAGCCCAGUUUGUGUAGCUUGUUUGCCCCUCACGGGUCUGCCUUUGACUUUCUGCUGACUAAAGCCUUAAUGGUACGUAGAGAGAACCUCUCCAUUGGAGGCACACUUUUUAAAUGCACAUUCAAAAAGGAUGAAAUGCACAUGUCUUAUUUUGUGUGUCUACAGUGACUUUCAUGAAUAUAAAGUAACUUUAUUUUUGUUUAUUUCUACGCUCUAUCCUCUGCUAUUCUGUACAACAAUAAUAUUAAAAACACUUCUUAAGAAA